AUGGCAACGUCUACACCAGAAAAAGAUAAUGAUGUCGACUAUCAAUUAUCACUAGGUUGUCCCAAUAUAUUAAAUCGAUCUAGCUGGAAUGCACGUCCAUAUACAAAUCGUGAUAAUUUAACAUUACCGGUUACACAUAUUGUUGUACACCAAUUAGAAGAUUUGAAUUCAACUAUGAAUCCACAAGAUUGUAUUAAAAAAAUAAAAGAACUUCAAGAUGAACACGUGACGUUAUUGGGUUGGUCGGAUAUUGGUUAUAAUUUUAUUCUAUGUAAUGAUAAUGAUGAUCAACAACAAAUUUAUACAAGUAGAGGAUGGAAACAUAUUGCUGCACAUUGUAAAGGUUUUAAUUCAAAUUUAUUGGGUAUUGGUGUUAUGGGCAAUUAUACCGAUAUUAAAUCUUUGAACGCAUUUAAAUCAUUAAUUCAAUGUGGUAUUAUAAAGAACGAUAUUAUAGAAAAUUUUACACUGGUUGGACAUAAACAUACAACAGAUAUUUAUGAAUAUUAUUUGAAAUAUUUUAGAAAUGUUACCGAUCUUCAAUAUAGCAAUCAAGCCAGCAGCACACAGACAAGAAGAUAUUUACGUUUGGAUAUAUUUUUACCUUUUUAUUGCACAUCUCUUUAUUAUUGUGCAAAUAAUAAUAAUAAUCAAGAAGAGAAAUAA